AAAGCAGCUAUCUUGAAACAACUAUGGAUAAAAAGGAAGAAAAGAAUUGCUUGUGGAUUAAAUGGGUACAUUGUUACUAUUUAAAGCAUGAACCAUUAGAAACUUGUAACAUACCUAAGAAUGCUACAUAGGUGGUGAGGAAAAUUAUAGAAGCGAGAAAAUAUGUGAUGGGAUUGACUUCGAUUCAAGGCAGCUUGGAACACAGGCUACAAGCAGUAGUGGUGUGCAACAACUUCUCCAUAAAGAAGAUGUAUGGCAACCUGUACCCACUCAAACCAAAAGUUCCUUGGAAGAACCUGCUGCUGCACCCAACUAUCCAUCCAAGACACAAGUUUAUUUUAUGGCUUGGAGUGCUGAACAGGUUAGCCACUGUUGACAGACUACUAAAGGUUGGUGUGCAAGUCCCCCAUUCAUGUGUUUUUUGCAAAGGCCCUGAUGAGACUAUGGAGCACCUUUUCUUUGGCUGUCCUAUUACACACACUUUUUGGAGGAGGGCACUAGUAUGGAUAGGGGAACAUAGAACAGUUGGGAGUUGGCAAGAGGAAUUAGAUUGGAUCAACAAUCUACCAAAAAAGAGAUCGGGUAAAGAGGGAAUUCUAUGCUGUUUGUUUGCUAUGGUGAUCAACAUUAUAUGGAGAGAAAGGAACAUGAUGAGGUUUCAAAAUGGCAUCUUUCAACCAGAAAAAGUGUGCAAGGAGUUAGCAAUGUUCAUUCAUAUCAGAGGCAGAGAGAUUAAACAAUGGCAACCUUACCUACAUCAACUGGUGCUAUGGCCUUGAAGAGAGAGCUAGUGCUAAUAUGCACCGAAUAUGGAGUCAUUGUCUAUUGUCCAGUGGCUUUUCGAAUGUUGUUUUACUGCAGGCUUAUGUAAGGCUGAAUAGCCAGGAUAUCAAUACAAAUAGCUUGUAGAUAUGCUGGUUUUUUUGUGCAGUGUCCUUAGGUAUAGAUGUG